AUUGAGAUGCAUCGUGGCACCUGUAGCACCGGUCGAUGGAUUGAUCAGGAGAAAGAAAGCAGAAAGCGGAUAGAAUGGAAUGUAGUUUGAAAAUUAAAGGAUUUAUAUACUGACCUAGCCUGUACACAGGAGUCAAACUGGACAACAGACACAGACACACAGAUACACAGAACAGUCAGACCGCAGCUGGACCGCUACUGUAGAGCGUAAUCAACCGGACGUAUCUUCCGAAAUCCCAUUCUGAAAUGGUCGUGUGACCGCAUGUGGGUCACGGUAUACCUAAUGGCACUCAUUACAUUCCUUAACGUACAUCCUUGGGACACACAAACACUAACACACUUACUCACAGACACACAAACACCCAACAAUCCCGUAGUGUUGUUUUGUAAGAAAGCGAAAAAAAGUAAUGGAACAGCAAAAAAAGUCCAGGAUCCAGAGAAGGUGCGCUCGUGCGUGCUCGUAUGUUUUUGCUGGCUACACCGCUUUCUGGUGCUGGUGGUCCCUGGCUGACUCCCUAAAGGAAGGAAUCUAAUCGAAUCUCUUAUUAAACUUCUAAGAGGAUUUAUGAUUGAAAGUAUGAGAAACGGGGAGGAAACGCGACAGCGAGCGGUGUAAGUGUGCCUGGAUGGGAUAGAAAAAGUGCGGCUGAAUGAAGAUACGAGCCGCUAGCAGCAGCAAGUACGUUCUAGUUCUAGGACCUGUCGAUGGAUAGGCGAUAGGGGGGAAAAAGAAGAGAAUGUGAUUAUACUCGAUUACUCGAAACAGCGUACGGUGAUGGGACUUGCGUUACUUAAGUUUUACAAUUUUGUGUAAGGUAUUGUUCUACACAUUUAUUUAAGUGAUUUUUUACCCCUUGAAACAUUCUUUUUAUCUCAUCUUUUCCAAUGCAAUCUCAGUUCCUUUUGCUCAGUUUCUUGCUUCCUUACGGCGUACUUAACGGCAACCUUGAGGUGAUGGUAUUUGAUUCCUUGCUUUUAGUAUUUGACAGCAUUUUGUACUCAUUUGUAGGAUUAGUUUCGUAUCGUUAAGAUGAUGCAUUUAUUUAGCGAUUAAGUUGUCUUGCCAGCUGUUCCGCGUUUAUUAUACCGCGUGUGAUCGCAGGAUCGAAAGAGAGAUCCCGAGUGUGCGUGAAAAAGGAUCACUGUUUAGUUCUUCGUGCCACGUGGUGACUCCACUACCAGCCGGCCGGCAUUGACCGGUGGUUCGAUGGAGGCACACGGCGGUGGGCUUUAGAGGAAAAUACUUGUUUGUCCUAAAUAAAG